AAUUUUCCUGAAGGAGAUUAUAGAACAUAUUUAAAGUUAGGCUUGCUAUACCCAUGGAAUGAUACCUAUAUUUCCCGUCCAUUAAAGAUAAAUAGAUGGAAUAGUCAUGGAUGGGUGGCUCCUAUUUAUACUUUUGUUUAUGAAAAUAAAACCUAUUAUCAAUCUCAGUUAUGGAGAUUGCCCUUAACCACUCGUAAAAUAACGCUAAUUAGAGCUACUACCCAUGUGGAAGAGUAUUAUGUUCAAACCUGUGUGUUAUCUCCAUAUUCCUUAUUGCUUUCUAAUGAUAGUGAAAAGUUGCAGAUUAUGCAGUAUAAUAUGAGGUUUUAUAUUACUUGUCAGCAAUGUAUAUUAACCACUUGCAUUAUUCCUGAAAUGAAUGUUUCAACUAUAAUGGUGUUAAAAAGACCAGCUUAUAUUGUGCUGCCAGUAGCGCUUAAUGAAUCUUGGUAUACAGAUAUAGGGGCGGAAAUUAUAAGACAGGUUGGAGAGCUCAUACGGCCAAAAAGAUUUGUGGCUACUUUGAUUUUGGGAAUUUCCGCCUUAAUAGGAAUAUUAAGCUCUUUUACUGUCGCAACAUAUGCUUUAGUGAAGGAAGUGCAAACAGCACAAUAUGCUAAUGAUUUAUCAAAAAAUAUAUCCUUGGCUUUGGCAACUCAAGAAGCAAUAGAUAGAAAGUUAGAAGCUAAAGUUGAUGCCCUUGAAGAAGCAGUUUUACAUAUUGGUCAAGAACUUGCUGCUUUAAAAAUUCGCUUAUCUUUAACAUGCCAUAAAAAAUAUUCGUGGAUAUGUGUUACUCCUUUAAAAGUAAAUUAUUCUGAAUAUUCUUGGGAACAAAUUCAAAUGCAUAUUUUAAAUGUAUGGAAUUCUAGUGAUUUGGGAAUUGAUUUGGAACAUUUACAUACACAAAUUUAUGAUAUUGCAGCCUCUCAAUAUGAUAUGAAUCCCUCUAAAGCUGCUGCAGAAUUUUUACAAAAUUUACAAAGUUAUUUUAAAAAUAAUUCCUUUAUGCAUAUUUUAAUAAAUUAUGGGGCUGCCGGAGUGGUUAUAAUUUUGCUUCUUAUUUCUUUUCCAGUCAUUAUCCGAUUAAUUCAAACUGCCCUUCAAAGUGUAUACAGAACCAAAGUGGAAUUACAUACUGCCUUUUUAAAAAAUAAAAAAGGGGGAGAUGUCGGGAGCCACAUAGGAAGUGCCUUUGAGUUACAGCACAGACGAGACCCGUAGUGUCAAGCAAAGUUGAUGCUAUCGGACAUAAAUAUGGAAAAGCAAAGCUCUCGUUUGCAAAGCUUCCUGCCUCCUGGUGGCUGGUGCCGUGCAAUUGGUCUCUCUUGCCCAGUGCUGUAAGCUGGGCCCUCUCUGGAGGAGAAACCUGGGUUCCCGAAGACAUGUGACCAGAGCCGGGGCCCCGCCAGUUGGCGAGGGAAUCCCAGGGCAGGUGCUGGGCGUGGAGGCCACGGGGGCAUAGGCUACCAAGGUGACAGAGAACUGACCUUCUCUGGGGGCACUGCACCUCGCACACCUCACAUCUCCCUGCUUGGCCCCGGAGGAUGGCUGGUUAGCCAGAGACGGGUAAGAUUCCUCAGGGAAGGAACAACCUAAGACAGGCACAGUCGCAGAGGGGCCAUCAGGAGAGAACUUGGGGGCCAACAGAGGUGGGGCAUAGACCCUCACCCCCCAACUUUGCAGGAGCCUGAACCCUCACCCCUUCUGAGGGAGAUCUCUUGUCCCCGUGGCUGCUUCGCUUCCCACGCCCAGCUCAGAUGGGAACCCAGGUAGCAGACAAGAGACCUGGCCAAUGGCAACUGCUCUCCCGCCGCAGCAGGGCUUUGUUUCCCAUUUCCUCCGUGGACCACAGCUUUCCUCUGUGUGGUAGCAAGGCUUUGCUCUGUGUGGUUCCCCUUGUCUUCCCCUGCCUUUACCUAAGGUGAUUUUUGUUAUUGGUAUUGGGAAAAAUGUAUAGUUUUAAUGCAGGGGUUUAAGAAAAACCCCAAGUUAGGGUAAAAAUCAAGAGAAGGAUUAUAGCUACUUUGGCUUUUUUAAUGAUUAUAUUUGAAAGUUUUAUUCCCAGGCCAGGGCACUGGACUUGGGGAAAUACAAUGGUGGGAACAUUUCUGCAGCAGCUUUUUACUCUGAAAGAAAAAUUGAAAGAGUUAUGGCCUCCCAGUGGAGUUAUAAACAUGUUGGGAAAUACCUGGGUAUGGUAGCGAGUUUUUAUGCAACAAUGAGUUUAAUCAAUGAGUUUAUGGUACAAUGCCCGCUUCCAUGAUUUUUUAGAGGUAUAAAAAAUAAUGUGUAUUGUUUUGAUUAUUACGGUGGGGUUGGGAAAUUUGUAGAUGAAAUGUUGUAUGAUUGUUUUUAAUUAUUAAUAGAAUAAUGUGUUUAAGUUUAUGAUUUAGUCAAGCAGAAUGUGCAGGUACAAGAACACCUUAAUCUUCUGAGAAGAAUAAAGAAACUGCAGACAAGUUCCUGAAGUUUCUGACGUAGAUGUGAUCAACAUGUACCUAACCACAGAGGAUGAAAGGGACUUUGACCACAGAAGAUGAAAGGGACUCUGGGCGAUGGGAAAAAUACCUAAUUUGUUUUGAUUAAUUUGCUGAUGUAAAUCACCUUUGUUUUAUGGCUUAUGUGGGGGAGUUUUUGGCGUGGGAAUGAGGAUGUUGAAUUUGAAAAUGAGAUUUUUUAUAGUAUAAAUACUUGGAAAUCAGAAGAAUAAAUUUGGCAGAUCCUUGCAUCCUCUGAGGUGUCUUGUGUUCUGUCCACGCCGACUCCGUCUCCCCUUUCGGUGAAACCUGUUCAGCUGGGGCUGGUCCCCGGCAAGUGGCGCCCGAACAGGGACCUGAAGGGGUAAGUAUUAUUUUUUUCAGACGGAUAGGAGUCUCACCGUAGGGUGCUGCAGACCCCCAGUUAGGAAUACUGGUUAGGAAGGUGAGUAAGGCGGUGUCAAGAUGGGACACGCUGAGUCCAAAGAGAGGCUCUUAUUUAUUGAUAUAGUUAAACAUAUGAUAAAUGGAAGAGGAAUUAAGGUAACUAGUAAGCAACUAACUCAGUUCUUUCAGUUUGUACAGGAACAAUGCCCAUGGUUUCCAGAACAGGGAACAGUUAAUAUAGAAACCUGGCAAAAGGUGGGACAAACUUUGCAAGUAUAUUACAGUCAUUUUGGACCUGAGAAGGUUCCAGUAGAUACUUUUACUUUAUGGAACCUUAUUAGAGAGAGCAUUGCUCCUUUGCCUGAAGGUCAAAAGAAUCCAUAUAAAAAUCCUGUAGAAGUAAUGGAUGAAUGUACUCCGUUACUUUCUCCAAAAACAUCAAAAGAAACUGAGGUUAUGGCUGCAGCUUUAAAAGAUUGUAACCUCAAGGAUGAUGAUUCAGAGGAGGAAAUUGACUCACCUAUUGAUAAUAAGUCUAAUUUGUUAAAGAAUCCUCCUUUUGAUGAUGAAUUGCCUCCUGCAGAUCAGGAUGAUUUAGAUGCUGCUGCAUAUGAUUAUGAAAGAAGGAAGUAUGAACCCUAUGGUGCUUUUUCAAAGCAAGAAAUUAAGAAAAAUAGGCCUAAUUUACAGGAUAAGCGCCCUUUGGGUCGUUUACCGACCGCCCCACCGGCACCUUUAAGUUCUUCAUUUCUCCCUUUAAAGAGAUUAGGACAUUCAACUUUAAAUGUUAAGGGCCUACCACCUCCACCGCCUUUAAAGGCUAGGGGCCCACCACCUUCGCCACCUUUUAAUAAAAGCCAAGGCAAAUAUAAAAAGCAUAGGAGAAUAAACGGUGAAGAUGAUGAUUAUGCUUUUGCCGCCUGCUUUCCAGUCAUUUAUGAGGAUGGUUUUGAUGAUGAUGAUGAUGUAUAUUGGGAUCCUUUGCCUCUAAAACUUUUAAAAGAACUUAAAAAGGCCUGUGUAGAUUAUGGACCGUUGGCGCCUUAUACUAUGACUCUUAUAGAUGCCUUGGCAAAUAGAUGGAUGACUCCAUAUGACUGGAUUCAGGUUGCAAAGGCCUGUUUAUCUGGAGGACAAUAUUUGCUUUGGAAAACAGAAUAUGAAGAAUGGGUGGCUAAGCAACAUGCUUUAAAUAAGAAAUGGGAUAAAUUUGAUAUUACUAAAGAUAUGUU